GAUGUGAGUUCAUUCUGCAAUAUAAGUUGCAUGCCCACAUUCCACUUUUACAAGAAUGGAGAGAAGGUGUUCGAGUUCUCUGGUGCAAACACAACUACGCUGUUGGAAAAACUGGAAGCUUUCAGAACAUAAGAACCACCGUAGCCACCGCUGCCCUCUGUACAUGCUGUGCUAAGAAAUCCCAGUUUCAUUUUCUGUACAGUAACUAUCAGGUCUUCUGUUCCACACAGACAAUAACUCAUUCCACUCAUGUAAUUGGUGACAUACUGUAGUCCUGUCAGUUCAAUGUGUGUAGUGACUGUUGUAACAACAGACUAGAGUUUACCUAAAACCUGAUAACUACUUUUUAAUUCUGUUUUAUAUGAGGAAUUGGCUUUGCUCCCGACUAACUUUCUUUGUUACAUUAUGUGUACAACAUUGUGGAUUUAAUAAAUGAAGAUGAGCUACAGGAA